CGCUCAACCAACCCUUUCCCUCCCCUUCUUUUUCACAUUACUCAUUUUUAUUUUAUUUUUUCGUUUAAUGCAACGGCGCUACACAAUUUUGUCUAUUUCAUAACCACUUUCCAGACGAGGCUAGACAAAGAAUCGUCUCUCGUUUUAUUAAAUUAUUUGUCGAUAUUUUCACGCUCUUUUUUCACUCGGCUGAUUUUUCGUUCUUGGGCUUUUACUACACUCGUUGUUUUUUCAAUUGUCUUGUUCACGAGGUUUUCUCGCACCAUGCUCAACUGCAAACAUAACCAGCUCAGCGCUGAUGAGCUAGAAAUGGCUGAAAAGACCAUGAACUCGUACUUGGACGACAAGUGGGGCUCUGUCGGUUUGGCAUUCGAUCCGUGGGCGUACUCGCGGGCUGAACAGCAGGGCAUUCUCUUGGCCAUUUUCAAAAACAUGAACGUGCUGACAGUUCUCGAGCUGACACCUAGCGAAAUGCUGGAUUUCUGCCUGGAUAUAGAGAAGCUUUAUAAUAAGGUGCCCUACCACUCGUUCAACCAUGCCAUUGACGUCGUGGUCAAGCUAUAUUAUGUUUUGUGCGACCUGCACGCUGCUGCAUACUUGGCCUCCUACGACAUUGCAUCUUUGCUCAUAGCUGGCCUUUGCCACGACAGCGGUCAUCCAGGGAUGAACAAUCUGUUCCAGAAGAACGCCAAGACAGAGUUUGCUCAGAGGUACCCCGACGCCAUUCUGGAGCGCUACUCGAUGGACCUCGCCAAAGAGUACAUUGCAAAGCACCGGCUGCUGCGCAACGUGGAGAAUCUGCGCGACCCAAUGUACAGCGACAGCACGACCAUUGAGGUUGACGUGGCCACACGCAUGAUGAACAGCAUAUUGUCCGCCAUUCUGCAUACCGACAUGUCACGGCACUUCAAUGGCGUCGAAGAGUGCAAGGUGAUUGUAUCAGUGUUGUCAAAAAAGGCCCGCCGGAUAUCCGAACACGAAGCGUACCAAAAGGAGUGCCUUGUCGACCCACUGUUACAAUAUAGCAACCCAGAGCAGCCCACCACUAGCCUGGAGACGAGCACACCAUACGAGCCCACACCCAGCCCGAAUAUAAAUCGGUUGAAAACCAGCGGGCAUGUCAUCCGAUGCCGCUCUCCUAGCGAACCUCCGGCGCCAACGAAGUCGCUAUAUUCGUACUCACUGCUGAAUCCCGCCAGUACGCCCAGCAUUACUUCUGCAGCUGGCACUCUUACGCCGAAAAGCAGUAUAGAAGACUUGGAUGCGUCUGCCCAGACGCACUUGGCUGAGCCGCCCACUGCUGGCAUUGGAAGUCUCGGCAUGAGUCGUGCCAUGAGAGGAAAGGGCCGGCGCUUGCAAGUCAGGCGGUCGGUUUCUAUGCGCGAUGCGCUGCUGGACAGCACGCAGAGGCAAACCCUGAUUAACAUUCUGCUCCACGCUGUCGAUGUCUUCAAUCCAGUGCUGCCCUGGGACAUGUGCAAAAAAUGGUCCGACCUGAUGAAUGCCGAGUCCUUCCAUCAGGGCGAUGCCGAGAAGAAGCUGGGACUUCCAGUGUCACCCAACAUGGACCGCACAUGCACCGACCAGCGCCAAGUGUCUCUGGACUUUGGAAACAUUAUUAUUCGCCCGUUCUUUACCGAGCUCGUCUCUAUAUUUCCAGUCGAGGACGAGCUGCUAUCAGCCCUCGAGGCAAACUUGCAAAAGUGGAGUCGGUUGUCGACAGAUGCAUUUUAUGAGAUUAGCGCCCCCGCUGGAGCUAACAGCCACGAGUACUCCUGGCCUAUCGGGCCUGUUCGCACGCCAGUGUCCCGUGCCAACAGUGGUUCUCUGUCCGAGGGCCGGCGGUUGAGCAUUGCCGCGGGAACAGUCGAAAUACCGUCUUCACGCUUAGAGAUGAUUCGCCGGCACUCUCACGAGGGAUUCGAGGCGCUGCACCGCCGGAUGGUCGGGCGUCUUUUUAUGAAGCAUUUGGAGAAAAUACAAGAGCGACGCAAGGACUCUUACACGGCCACGCAGCUUACCCAGAAUUUAUCCGCUCGUCCGCGGAUGACGUCGCAGAUAAACAGCAGUAAUAGGCGAAGUGAUAAUGGCAGGUGCAGCCCGCUUGUUUUUUCGCCAGGAUCCACGCCCUUGUGGAAGGAGUUUGACUCAGACAUGCUUUCACCGGUGACCGAGGCGGGCUGCGUUGAUAAUUCGAGCGCGCCGCAUUCUGCGACGUCUGCAGAAUUUGGGACCGACAGCCGUCAUGGUAAGGGUGCGAAAAAACAUUACAUAUCAUACCCUCAGUCGCCACGCACAUUGACUGCCGUCACUGCUGCUCCAAUGAAGAACGACACAAAGUAUGGUGUGCCCAUGUCUAAGGGGCUGUCCACAGCGUCGAAUGAAUCUCCAUUGCAUGUUUCCAUGCUGCCUUUGCGGGAUCCUUUUGGCCCUGACAGCAACAAGGAACACACACCCGUUAAUCCUCAUUUGAUUAACUACCGCAUUGAUUCUUUGACUACUUCGGGUCGGCUGGUCCGCAGCGCUUCGCUGGACCCAUCGAUCCUUUCGCAUAUGCCAACUUCGUAUCCAUCGCUGGCCGCGACCGAUGGCAAUUCAGUGUCCAAUUCGACAAUCGCUUCUGUCAAAUUGCUGUCCGAGCAGACAGACAUCAACUGAGUGCACAACCAUUUCUAAUUUAUUUAUUUACCAACCAUAUCCAAUAACUUUUAAUUUAUCUUAUAAAUAUCUACAUUUGCAUUAUUC